AUGGAGACGUUGCGCGCCGAGGGCAAUGCGUUUUUUAGUGCCAAGGAGUUUGAAUCGGCUGUAGCCAAGUAUACAGAAGGACUAGAAGCUGCUCCGUCCUCAUCUUCUGGUCUUUCUCGUGAUGAGUUGAAGGCUGUAGAGAUGCAACGCGUCCUUCUUUGGAGCAAUCGUGCCGCGUGUCUUUUGCAGCUCGGAGACUUUAUUCAGGCCGAAAAGGACUGUACACUGGCGUUAAGUAUUGAUCCAAAUAAUACCAAGGCACGAUAUCGUAGAGCUCAAGCAUGUAUGGGGCUCGGGAACAAUGCACAAGCUUUCAAGGACGUGCAUUUAGUGCUGCAGUAUGCACCAAGUAAUAAAGCAGCAGCUGCAUUGGCUCGGAAGAUCCAAGAGCAAGUGAGAGAGGAUGUUCAUGGAGUACAAAAGGCACUGGACUGUAUUAUGAGUGGAGUAUGUGGAGAAACAGGUGAUGUAGGGCUCAAGGAAAUGUUGCAAGAACAGGAGAAGACCGUGGAAGCUUUGCAAUAUCUAGAGAUGAAGAGUGUUACGGAGCUGGCGAGUUUACCUGAAGAAAUUGCUAAAAGAGGGGGAUUAGUAGUGCUAUGGCGAGCAGUGGCAAAACUUGUCGAGCUCAAUGAGAAGGAGGAAGAGAAGAAGGAGGAGGUGUUGAGCAUUUUGUCGCACGUGGUGUCGUUGCUGUCGAUAUUGGCGUCCGCGUCGAUGGAACUUGUGGGGAAGAUGUUUGAGACGAAUCAUGGAGCACUUGAUAAGUUGCUAGAGCUGUUGCAUAGUCAGGUGGCUUUCGAGUAUGAGGCGAAUGGCUCGGAUGCGACGAAGCAGAUGCCAAUUCGGGGACGCAAGGUGAUUAUUCGGUUGGCGGCAUUUAUUUUCAAGUAUCUGUUGAUCGGAGCCAAGUCAGAUGAUGAUGCAUGUGUACGUCGAGUAUUGGGUGGAUUACUGGACGGUUUGCGUAGUCGCCAGCGCGUGCUGCAGAUUGCAGCGCUGGAUGGUCUGCUUCAUUUCAUCACUGUGUUGAGUGGCCAGAGUUCGAUCCUGAACAAUAAAGACGACAACAUAGCCCAGCAAUUGAAGAUGCGGUUUGCCGUGCUUGCGCAGGAGCUUGGAUUGUUUUCGUUGUUGCAUACUACCGCAUCCAGCGCUCUACCUGGAUUUGAGGCUGGUGUGAAUACUGCUGAGGCUCCAAGAUUGGAACUGACAGCAGUGUUGCUGAGCCGCCUUCCACUCGUGUUUACCCAAUGUCUUUCGCAUCUCGAGGGUGAUGACACGAUGCUUAAGAAAAUGGUACGGGACUGGUGUGUAUCUCCGGUGCUGGCAGCGCGAUCCACAAAUCGCACUCAGCUGGCUCAAGGCUCGGCUUCCUGUCUGCUCCUAUCGGCUCUCUUUCUUUCAAACGCAAAACUUGCGCUGUGGGCUGUGCAGCAAACUGGAAAUGACGGCACAGCAUUCCUUACGCGAUUGCACGAGUAUUUGAGUGCGUCGCGAACAUUUGAUGACGCGAAGGCACACACUCGGCAAUUGCAGGAAAUUUGGGUUGAUUGUGUGGCCAGCAUUUGUGGGGUAGAGCAUGGUCCUGCCUGUGUUCCGCCUGCAUUGAGAAUCGAGAUUUAUCGCAUGCUGCAGGCAUCUUUGGAUGAAGAAGAUGACUUGAUGCUUCGAGCCAGCGCGCUAAGUAUUCAAGUGAAGCUUGGUAUUGUUGAGAAGACGCUGGAGAUGCCGUCUGAUGAUGGACGGUUCCUUAUGAACAGCGUGUUUGAGGUCCUUGCGAGUGCAGAAGCCGUGGAAAGCAAACACCGGGAGGGUGAAAAGGUAAAACAGGGAAAGGACAAGACAAAGGAGCAGGUUCCAAGAUCGCUUUUGUUCUGGAGUGGCGUCUCUCCAAAAGAGCGUGGCAUUGAGGCCUUGUCGUACCUAAUCACGUACACCCCCGUAAAGGACGCCUUUGUGAGGCAUCAAGGGGCUGUGGCCAGCGUAUUUCGGGUCCAAUUUCCAAGCACAAAGGACGCGAGUAUAGGAGCACAAGCAAACGCUGGUUUCAGGUCAAAUGUGUACUAUGGCAUCGGGUACAUCUUGCACCACGCUUUGACAUCAGAGGCUGCUAUCAAGCGGAAGCAAAUGGAGGGCAUGGAGAUGACGGCUGACCAAUACGAAGAGCUGCAAAAGGCGUUGAAGCAGAAAUCAGUGCUCGAGGAUGGUGACACUCCUGAACACGUGGAGGCCCGUGUCACUCGGCUUGCUGCGUCGCGUGAUGUGUUGACUACUCUUGUGCAGCUCUUGAAGCUGUCCGCUACCAAAUCAGAAAAUGUCAUGGAGAUGGCAACACUUAGUGCAUUGCAUGCUGCAGAAGUAUCGUCGGUGCGAGGCAACCUGGUGCAGUGUGGCGUCUUUCAGGCACUAAUCCCGUUGGCGUUGCACCACAUUGCAGUAGCAAAGAUCAAAGGUGGCAAAGCAUCCAAGGAUCCUUCGCAACUUCACGGAACGAAGAUCUCGAAUGCUGCAGGUCAGGCAAUGGCCAAGAUUUUGAUCAGUACGAACCCGAACUUGAUCCCGUCGUCGUCGCUUUUCUCAUCCAUUCGACCGUUGCUAGAUCUAUGUAAAGGCGACCAGCAAUUACUGCAGUUCGAAGCACUCAUGGCUCUCACAAACAUUGCGAGUGUCUCGGAAGAAACAAAGGCGCGUAUUGUCGGCGAACCGCAAGGUCUGUCUACGCUACAGUAUCUGCAGUUUUCGGAGCACGAACUUGUGCGUCGUGCGGCCACGGAAGCGAUUUGCAAUCUCCUCCCGAACGAUAAGGUGAUUGAACAGGUUUUCAUGAACGAAGAGAAGGUUCGUCUUUGGGUCGCGUUUGCGUCUCUCGAAGAUGAGGCCGAAGACUUCGAGACGGCUCGAGCUGCUGGAGGUGCAUUAGCAAUGGUGUCCCAGGUUCCAAAGGUAAGCUGGAUCUUAAUGCGUCAAGGCGGACUCAAAGCUUUCAGCAAAAUUAUCGAAGAAGGAUCGAAUGUGGAAACCCUGCAUCGAGCUUUUUUUGGGAUGCAGAAUAUGCUCGAAGCGAUCAUUGGCGCCGCAAAGGACGAGGAAAAAGUCGACGAGCGAGGCAAAUUCAGUGAAGAAAUCAAACAGCAUAGCGUGACGCUCAAGCAGAAGCUUGUUGCUCACUGUAGUAAGACCCAGAUCAAGGACGCAGCCCAAGCGUGUCUCGCAGCGUUAGAGCAAGUGAUUCGUUAA